UUAAAUAAUUUUCAUCAAGUCUUCGUCUUUGGGUUUUUGAGUCAACGGCAAGACUUUUACGUGUCUUAUGUGAUAUCACGGUUAUUCUCUGUGCUGGCAGCGCGACUUGUUCUUUGGAUAUUUACUAAUCCGGCGGAAGCUUUUGCUUCAGAUUUUUUCACCACACACAAAUGGAAAACACUUGCAGCACUCUUCUCUAUUCCAAAAUCCGAUCCACUCUUGCGCUACUUUUCUUCUCCUUCUUCAUCCACCUCCUUGUCUCCGCCGUGGCCGGUGACUCACCGUUUGCAUACAAACCGGUAGAGAACAUAAUUCUCGCUUGUGGCUCCUCUGACAAGGACGUUUCGGAAGAUGGCCGAAACUUGGUCGGAGAUGUCAACUCUCAGUACUUCUCGCUCCAGGCCCAAAACAGCUUGUCGAAUGCCUCUCGCUCACCUCAACAACCCACAACAAGUUCAGAGAAAUUCUAUUUGAAAGCCCGAUUCUCUUCUUCGCCGUUCACCUACAUAUUCAACAUCACUCCCGGUCCAAAGUUCAUCCGCUUGUAUUUCUUUCCAACUACGUAUCCGCACUUUGAUGUCUCCAAAGCUUUCUUCUCUGUUCAAGCCAAUUCUUUCACCCUUCUGAAAAACUUCAGUGCUUCACUGACAGCAGCUGCUGCUGAUCCUGGCAGCCAAGAAACUGUUUCAAAAGAAUACUGCGUUAACGUCGAAGAAGAUGGGUUAAACAUAACCUUCACCCCCAGUCCCGACUACAAAAAAGCAUAUGCUUUUAUCAACGGGAUUGAGAUAGUAUCCAUGCCCUCUAAUCUUUAUUACACAGAGCCACAAGGGAUAAUAAACCGGCCAUUCAAAUUUCUUGGUCAGGUGAAUCCGUUUAGUAUUGAUACCAGCAAUGCCCUGGAGACCAUAUACAGAAUAAACGUCGGGGGAAAACAUAUCUCGCCGGCAGAAGACACUGGCAUGUAUCGAAACUGGAUUGAGGAGGGCGAUCGCUACUUGACAGAAGCCAAGCCAGGGGUUAAACUCGUCAACAAUACUAUUAACAUCAGGUUCGACGACCACGAGACACCUAAUUACACUGCUCCAGUUACAGUCUAUCAAACGGCCAUGUCAAUGGGGCAGAACAGGACUAUUAACGAGAAUUAUAAUCUUACUUGGGAAUUUCCGGUUGAUGCCGGGUUUACAUAUUUUGUUAGGCUUCACUUUUGCGAGUUUCAGAUAGAGAUAACUGAGGUUUCUAGAAGAACUUUUAUGAUUUACAUAGCUAAUCAAACUGCUGAGACUCAGGUGGACAUAUUUGAAUGGAGUGGCGGAAAAGGAAUUCCCAUAUAUACACAGUAUGCUGUUUUGAUGGCACCCAGAGGAGAUGAAAAGAAGCAGAAACUCUCGAUCGCACUGCACCCAGCGCCCAGAUGGAUGACCAAUUACUCAGACGCCAUCUUGAAUGGCCUUGAAAUCUUCAAAGUCGAUAUGAACAAAAAUCUCGCCGGACCUAAUCCUGACUGGAUCCCUCCAGCUUCGGUUCCGAAGACAAACCCGGAAUCAGCAAGAGGAAAGAAUAAAACUACAACGAUAAUAGCCGUCGUUGCCGGUGUGGCAUCCGGCUUUGUUGUACUUUCCCUUUUACUCCUGUUAAUAUUCCGGCGAUCAAGGCAUGUAAAGGAUUGGGCCUCCAGCACUGUGGGGACUUCGUUCUGGAUCCCAUUUUCUGCUUCAACGACCAAGUCAACAAAGUCCCGCGGCUUAUCUCUACCGUCGGAUCUUUGCACUCACUUUUCACUUGUUGAGAUCAAAGCCGCCACUAACAACUUCGAUGAGGCAUUUAUCAUUGGCGUUGGAGGAUUUGGUAACGUGUACAAGGGUUACAUCAAUGAUGCAUCCACUCCCGUUGCGAUCAAACGGCUGACGCCAGGGUCACAACAGGGCGCCCUAGAAUUCAACACAGAGAUCGAAUUACUCUCCCGGCUUCGCCACCUUCACUUGGUGUCUCUUAUCGGCUACUGCAACGAUCACGGUGAGAUGAUCCUCGUCUAUGAUUACAUGUCUCGUGGGACCCUCCGUGAUCAUCUCUACAACACCGAUAAUCCUCCUCUUCCCUGGAAGCAGCGCCUCGAGAUCUGUAUCGGCGCGGCUCGUGGGCUUCAUUAUCUUCACACAGGCGCGAAGCACGUUAUCAUUCACCGUGAUGUGAAGACGACAAAUAUCUUGUUGGACGAGAAAUGGGUGGCCAAGGUUUCUGAUUUUGGUUUGUCAAGAUUCGGACCAACGACCACGUCAAAAACACACGUCAGCACAGUGGUGAAGGGUAGUAUCGGGUAUUUAGAUCCAGAGUAUUACAGACUUCAGCAUUUGACAGAGAAAUCUGACGUGUACUCAUUCGGCGUCGUUUUGUUCGAAGUACUGUGUGCCAGGGCGCCGAUACUUCGAGCCGUGGAGAAGAACCAAGUGAGUUUAGCCGCUUGGGCGCGACAAUGUUACCGCAGUGAGACGGUGUAUGAGAUUAUCGACCCGGUUUUGAAGGGUCAGAUUACGCCGGAGUGCUUGAAGAAGUUCGCCGAGGUGGCGAUGAGUUGCUUGGAGGAUAAUGGCACAAGACGGCCUUCGAUGAGCGACGUGGUGUGGGGGCUCGAGUUUGCAUUGCAAUUACAGGAGACGGCAGAGAAGCAGGAGAAGUUCAAGGGUGGUGAAGAAGAUAUCACAAAGGGCGAGGUUGCCGAUGAAUGGGAUAUUGAGAGCAGGAGUUUGUUCAGUAGCAUUGGCGAACAUGUGUUGGAAUCGAAGAGCGUUAGUACGGUGACACUAACAACCAGUGAUGAACAGAGCUUCAUUGCUGGUAGUAGAGAAGUUUCUGGAGGUUUCUUCUCUGAGAUCAUGAACCCACAAGGAAGAUGAUCAGUUGGAUAUGACCGCCGCCCUCUGCGUUCUUGUCGCAAAAUAUAGCUUACAUUUUCCUAGUUUUUAAUUUUCCCCGUAGAUUCAGAAUAAAUUAUUAGUAGACUUGCGUGUAUGUUUGAUGCAGUUUCUCUGUCCUUGUAGCGUUCAUGUAUAAGAUAAUUAAUUUAGACUGGACUGCAAGAGCUAAAUUUUCUACAAAAA